AAGAGGAAUCUGCACUGAAACCAGCAGAUCAGAAUAACCGUGCAGGACACGGCAGAAGACCAACAGAUGCUGUUUUCAGUCCCAACGAUAAACUGCAUGCAUCAGGCGUUCAGGAGUUGGUGAUGAGGAAAGAUGUUCCUGAAGAACAGAGACCUGAUGUGGACCAGCAGGAUCAAAAACAUGCCCACAUAAAAGAGGAAGAGGAGGAACUGUGGACCAGACCGGGAGAAGAGCAGCUCACUGUGAAGGAGGAGAAUGAUGACACCGACUGUUCGUUCACGUCCUUUCGUUUGAAGGCUGAGGAUGAUGAAGAUGAAUCAGCAGCUGGUGAGGAGUCCUGUGGAGGAGUAGAACCUACAAGAAAGCCAGAUCUGAGUACUUAUGAUGAUGAUGAUGAUUCUGACUCCUCAGUAACUGAAGUCAGUGAGGAUGAAGAAGAUGAUGAUGUGUACCAUUCUGACUCUCAACUGGAACACUUUGCAGACUCUGGGUCAAAAACUGAAGACACUGAUAAAGACUGGGAGCCUUCGCCCAGCAGGGUUCCUAAAUCACGUGUAAAAAACAACAAAAACGAACAGAAGCUAUUAAGUUGUUUUUUGUGUGUUAAACAGUUUACAGAAAAAGGCAACUUGAACAGACACAUGAAAAUCCACACAGGAGAGAGGCCGUUUUGUUGUGAUCGUUGUGAUAAAAAGUUUAAGGAAAAAGGCAAAUUGAACAGACACAUGAAAAUCCACACAGGACAGAUGCCGUUUUGUUGUGAUCUGUGCGAUAAAAAGUUUCCCGAAAAGAACAAAUUAGGCAGACACAUGGAAAUCCACAAAAGACAAAGGUCAUUUUGUUGUGAGCUGUGUGGGGAAAAGUUUAGCCAAGAGGGAGUUUUAAACAAACACAUGGUAAUCCACACAGGACUGAGGCCAUUCAGUUGUGAUGUUUGUGAUCGAAGGUUCAUGCAAAAGGGAGAUUUAAAGAAACACCUGAAAAUCCACACAGGACUGAGGCCAUUCGGUUGUGAGCUGUGCGGGCAAACCUUUAUUGACAAGAGUAAACUGAACAGACACAGGAGAAUCCACACAGGAGAAAAGCCAUUUUGUUGUGA